UAAUGGGCGUUGGAUUUGUGGGAAUACUAUACAAGGUGCAAAGAAGGAGUGGAGAUAACUUGAUCCCCAACAACAUAUCACAUAUAUUCAAUUAUACAAGAUGGCAGCAGCAGCAGGUGCCUCAAGAUGGCAAUCGUUUAUGAAUCAUCCAGCUGGACCCAAAACAGUCUUCUUCUGGGCUCCGAUCAUGAAAUGGUGUUUGGUUGCAGCAGGUUUGAAAGAUCUAAGUAGACCAGCCGAUAAACUUUCCGUCAGUCAAAAUGUCGCUUUGGCCACAACAGGAAUGAUUUGGGUACGGUAUUCACUCGUUAUUACACCGGUAAAUUAUAGUCUAGCAGCAGUGAACUUCUUUGUUGGAACGACUGGUAUCAUGCAACUAUACAGAAUCUGGGAUUUUAAUAAGAAUAAAGGAGCUUCACCUAUAACGGAAGCAGCACAAGGAUUCAAGAAAGAAGCUGAAGGUGUUGCAAAAGAUCUAAAGAGUGAAGUAAAAGCAGCUGAACAAGACCUAAAGAAACGGAUCUGAUUCGUCACACCAUACGCCAUCCUUUACGACUUCUAGCACCAACUUCUGCAUUUUACUGUACAAUUCAAUUUAUAUGACUGAAGAGAUCGUUUCACGAGAGAGAUAAAGGUUCGACGUAGUGCUUGGACCUUUGCUGGAUAUAUUCUAUAAUACAACAAUCGGGUAAGAAUAGAAAGGGUAAAAGAUCAAUUAGACCAUGUACAACCUCAAGAGGUAUACGAGGCAGACAUUAUCCGCAACCUUUGCACAAAUUUGGCUUGCUCAUUAGCAGCAGACGUUUGUUCCACCAGUGCCACUGCCAAUUGAUCGAUAUUCUCUUUAGCUGUUCGCAACGAAUCUGCGACUUCCUCACUUCUCUCCAGCGGUUUGAUUGUACUUUCACCUGUUUGACUAUCACGUUCUUUGACCAACUUCUCUAUUUCGGAUUCUAGCCU